AUGGCCAGCAAAAGACCCCGAUCAGCCUUCGAGGCUGAUCUCCAGGCCCAACAGUCUCCCUUCGCCUUCUUUGGCACGCCGUUGCCACCCCUCGACCCAAGCGUUCGGGACGAUGGAUCCUACGUACCCGUGUGGAAGCAGGAGGUAACGGAUGAGCGAGGACGGAAGCGACUGCACGGCGCCUUCACUGGAGGAUUCAGCGCCGGGUAUUUUAAUACGGUGGGUUCAAAGGAAGGAUGGACGCCAGCGACCUUCGUUUCAUCCCGCGCAAACCGCGCUCAAAAAGCGAAACAGCAGCAGGUUGAAGACUUUAUGGACGAGGAGGAUGUACGUGAGGCUGAAGAGUCAAAGCAGCUUCAGACUUCCGAGGACUUUGCUGGUUUUGGCUCGACCAAGUCCCACCUCGCCCAAAGUGGCGGUAUCAUGGACCUUCUCAAAGCCGAUGGCGAGACCAUGGGAGUGAAACUUCUGAAGAGAAUGGGCUGGAGAGAAGGCCAAGGUAUUGGGCCAAAAGUACGUCGAAAGGCAAACCUAGGCGAUGGUACACAACCCGGAAACGAACCGCAACCUUCGACACAUCUCUUUGCGCCUGAAAAUGCGCCCACAGUGACCUUCAUCCGGAAGACAGAUCAUAAAGGACUCGGCUUUGAAGGAGAAUCACGACUCGAGUCUAACCUGCUGUUAGAAAGCGGACGAGAUGAUAACGACAACGAAGAUGCCCCUGAUUCGUUCUUUGGCCAGCGACUAGAAGCACGUAAGAAGACCAAAGAAAAGAAGGCUCCUCGUCACGGUGGAUUUGGCGUCGGAAUAUUGAACGAUACCGGAUCAGAUGACGAAGAUCCGUAUUCAAUGGGACCCCAGAUAUCCUACAAUCGUACUAUUGGCGGUGACAAGAAGAAGAAAAAACCCAAAGGUGCUGAUGGGGGCAAGCUCACAAGUAGCUCAGCCAACCCGCUCCUAAAUAACAAACCCGUAUAUAUCUCGAAGAAAACAUCUUUAGCCGGUUUCCGCAAGUGUCAUGAUGGUCGGUUGCCGCUCGAGGGCUUCGUUCUCGCAGAUGCCAUUUCUAGCCUAUCUCUUUCUUCCGGAAAAGUCUUUGCACCACCUAAGAUACCAGAGGGUUGGAAGCCUACUAAGACUCCAACUACAGACCGAGACACUACUGGCUACACGUCCACUGCCGAUGCUGCCAAAGCCUCCACCCUUGAUCCCAAAACCCGUGCCCAGCUUCUAGGGGAAGACCAAUUGCCUGGUAAAUCAAUUUUUGACUGGAUGACUCCGGAGGCCCGCGAGAGGAUAGCCAAAUUGACUGGCAAAACUGAUUUGCCUCCAGCGUUGGGAGAGAAAGCUCCGAAAGGAUAUGAAAUCUCUGAUUCCGAGAAGCGCAGAAACAUAUGGGAUCUCGUCCCUAAACUUGAUAAAGCCGUUGCUGUCCAGGCCUUGAGUAGAGCCGUUGGAGGCUGGAUGCCCUACGCCGAAGACGAAAGCAAAAGGAGCCGUUAUCGCGUGUUUUUGGAGGUGCGAGCUGGUUUGAAAGACGGCCUACCAGACCGACUGCCAGGCUCGACAACGGAUGAUUGGGUUACAGAAAUGAGAGAGUUUGCUAGAGCUGCGGAGGUUUUCAAGCCAGUGUCUGGUGUGAUAGCCUCUCGGUUUACUUCUGCCAGUUCAGCUCCUAAGCUAGCAUCUGACCAGCUUGAUGCUUCCAGCCCCCUCUUGACCCAACCCGCAUCGAAGCCUGAAGACCCCGCCGAGGAGGCAGCCAAGAUUGGUAUGUUCGGGCCUAUGACUCGUAGUACAAUCUCUUUCUUCCCUACUCGUCUACUCUGCAAACGCUUCAACAUCAAGCCUCCAGCUCAUGUUCAACUCGACCCGGGAGAUAUUCUGGGAGGGGAGGCUUCUAAUGCUACACGAUUCACAACCACAACGACGUCUCGUCCUUCGGACAACUCCCGGCUCGAUCUUGUGUCUCAAGAUGUGAUGAAUCAAUUACUUGCGGAAUCUACCAAGACUGAUCGGACAUUAAGCACAGCUCCGAUUGUUGUUGAACCAGAAAAGAAUGAAGCUCUAGAAGCAGACCGACCCGGGGAAGCCGUUUUUAAGGCGAUUUUUGGGAGCGAUGAGGAGAGUGAUGAGGAGAGUGAUAAAGAAUAA